GGAGAACGUUUCGGAAUUCGCCUCCAUGCCGCCCGAGCCGACGGGGAAGAAUAACCUCCAUGUGCUGAUUGUAGACGACAAUGACAUUAACAUCAAGGUACGUAUGACACACCCGUCACCAUGAUGGGCAUUAGGUGACAGAGCACAGAUACUGGCAACCUUCAUGCGCAAAAUCGGCUGCAGCUAUGAAACUGCAAGCAAUGGUCUGGCGGCGCUGGAAAAAUAUAAGGACUCGGCUCAGCCGUUUGAUUAUAUCUUGAUGGACAUCUCCAUGCCCAUCAUGGACGGGAUCGCCUCCUCGGGCAAGAUCCGUGAGUACGAAGAGCAGCAGUCGCUGCCGCGCGCCGCCAUCAUGGCGGUCACCGGGGUGGCCUCGAGCGAGAUGCAACAGCAGGCCUUUGCAGCUGGCAUUGACGAUUACCUGGUGAAGCCGCUUUCACUGCAUGAUCUGAAACGAAUUAUGAAUAUUGCAUGACUGGAUAGAUGUUUUGGUAGAUAAUACAGCUUUUGUUUGUUUGGGUUGGUUUGCGUUUGGG